AAAUUGUUACCACCGAUGAUAUUCUUACAAUCAUUAAAAAAAAUUGAAAAAAUAUUUAAUUUUUUAAGAGCAGUAAAAUAUGAGUUUUAAAAAAAUGUUAAUUGACAUUCCCCUUCCAGAACGUUUUCUUUCCAAGGCGGCAAAAGACGACUAGACGCCAUUUUCUUAUAUAGAAAUCUGUAGCAUUGAAGUUUGUAGUAUUCCUGUUAUUGAAUUUACAUUUAUAACACUACAUUUAUUCAUUGUGACCGUAAAUUUUAUUUUUUCUAACAAAAAACAUAAUGGAUGCUUCAGAUCAAAUGGUUUUAAGUGAGAUGACUCAUGAUGUCGAUGGAGACGAAUCUUUCUUUCAAGACGUUGACACCCUUCAAAGUCAUGGAAUAAAUGUCGCAGAUAUAAAGAAACUGAAAUCUUCGGGAAUAUGCACAGUAAAAGGAAUUGUAAUGUGCACUCGCAAGAAGCUGUGCGCCAUCAAAGGCUUUUCAGACGCAAAGGUGGACAAAAUAAAAGAAGCUUGUGCCAAAAUCAGCUCCUUUGGAUUCAUAACUGCAAACGAGUUUAGCGAGAAGAGGAAAUGUGUCUUCCGAAUUUCAACUGGUAGCCAAGAAUUGGACAAACUGUUGGGCGGGGGAGUAGAGUCGAUGGCCAUCACCGAGGUAUUUGGCGAAUUCCGUACGGGAAAAACGCAGAUGUCGCACACACUGUGCGUGAUGGCCCAACUGCCCAAUGAUGACGGUUACACCGGCGGCAAAGUCAUGUUCAUCGACACCGAGAGUACUUUCCGCCCGGAGCGACUGCGUCCGAUCGCCGACCGCUUCAACCUGGACCAGGAGGCGGUGUUGGACAACAUCCUCUACGCCCGCAUCCACAACAGCGACCAGCAGCUCGAGGCACUCGACUAUGUAGCCGCCAAGUUCCACGAGGAGGCCGGUGUCUUCAAACUACUGAUAAUUGACUCGAUAAUGGCGCUUUUCCGCGUGGACUACAGCGGACGCGGAGAGCUGGCCGACCGCCAACAGAAACUGGGCCAGAUGAUGUCGCGGCUGCAGAAGAUAUCCGAGGAGUACAAUGUUGCCAUUUUCAUCAGCAACCAGAUGACCGCCGAUCCCGGGGCAACUCUAUCCUUUCAGGCGGACCCCAAGAAGCCGAUUGGCGGACAUAUAUUGGCGCAUGCAUCCACCACGCGCUUAUCACUCAGGAAAGGCAGGGGAGAAACUAGAAUCGCCAAGAUUUAUGAUAGCCCCGACUUGCCCGAGUCUGAAGCGACUUUCGCCAUCACAAAUGGCGGAAUUGCUGAUGCCAAGGACUAAUUAAUUCAACUCAUCUGAAGAAUUAAGUUUACAUCAUGAUUGAUUUCUUGACAGUCAUGUUACCAUGUAAAAAUCUAUAUUUCAAGUUGAAAAUCACUAUUUUAUUAUAAAUUAGUGUAGGCAUAAUUCUAGAACGUUCAAUACCUUAAUAUUUAGUGCUGAAAUUUUGAUUGAGUGAAUAUUCCUUGAUUCUUUCAAUAUUUUUCUCAAAAAAUAAAAGAUAUAAAGCUUGAUUAAAAAUCAAGUCUUCCAUGAGUAUAGUCAAGGAUCAGCUCUGCAAUUAAGAGUAGUAGGUAGCUUAAUAAAUGAGUUGAUUCAAUUAAUAUUAUGAGUUUUACAGAUUUUAGUCUAUUUUAUUCCUUCAUUACAGUACGCUUUAACAUUCCAAAGAAGAACUCCCUGUUAUUUGUAUAAUAGCUGUAAAUUUCAAUACUUCUUGUCCAGUGGACAAGCAGCUAGCUCAAUUCAGUAUAUUAUUUUCAAUGAUUGAAAUUAAAACUAUUAAUACAUACUAAGAUACAAUAAUUGUUCAACAGGAUAGCUUACCAUUACAAUACUUUGAUGUAGAAAAUCAGUAGUUCAUCUUCAUGAUGAACGAAUAAAUACAUUCUUAGACACGAAUACUCUGCUAAUAUAUGUAAAUUUCGACUUUUAUGGUGUUCAGUUUUUGUAAACUCAUUUGUAAAUAAAGUACAGUUACAAUUUAUG